GGGGGGCGCAUGCGCAGCCCGUGUUAGUGAUGGAGGAGAGAAGAUGGCGGAAGCGGAAUUUAAGGACCACAGUACAGCUAUGGAUAGUGAACCAAACCCUGGAACAUCUGUUUCGACAACAACCAGUAGCACCACCACUACCACUAUUACCACUUCCUCUUCUCGAAUGCAGCAACCACAGAUCUCUGUCUACAGUGGCUCAGACCGACAUGCUGUACAGGUAAUUCAACAGGCAUUGCAUCGCCCCCCCAGCUCAGCUGCUCAGUACCUUCAGCAAAUGUAUGCAGCUCAACAACAGCACUUGAUGCUGCACACUGCAGCUCUUCAGCAGCAGCACUUAAGCAGCUCCCAGCUUCAGAGCCUUGCUGCUGUUCAGGCAAGUUUGUCCAGUGGAAGACCAUCUACAUCCCCGACGGGAAGUGUCACACAACAGUCAAGUAUGUCCCAGACAUCUAUCAACCUCUCCACUUCUCCUACACCUGCACAGUUAAUAAGCCGUUCCCAGGCUUCCAGUUCUACCAGCGGCAGUAUUACCCAACAGACUAUGUUACUAGGGAGUACCUCCCCUACCCUCACGGCAAGCCAAGCUCAAAUGUAUCUGCGAGCUCAGAUGCUGAUUUUCACACCCGCUACCACUGUGGCUGCUGUACAGUCUGACAUUCCUGUUGUCUCGUCGUCAUCGUCAUCUUCCUGUCAGUCUGCAGCUACUCAGGUUCAGAAUUUAACAUUACGCAGCCAGAAGUUGGGUGUAUUAUCUAGCUCUCAGAAUGGUCCUCCAAAAAGCACUAGUCAAACUCAGUCAUUGACAAUUUGUCAUAACAAAACAACAGUGACCAGCUCUAAAAUCAGCCAACGAGAUCCUUCUCCAGAAAGUAAUAAGAAAGGAGAAAGUCCAAGUCUGGAAUCACGAAGCACAGCUGUCACCCGGACAUCAAGUAUUCACCAGUUAAUAGCACCAGCUACAUAUCCUCCAAUUCAGCCUCAUCCUCUAAUAAAACAUCAGCAGAUUCCUCUUCAUUCACCACCUCCCAAGGUUUCCCAUCAUCAGCUGAUACUACAGCAGCAGCAACAGCAAAUUCAGCCAAUCACACUCCAAAAUCCAACUCAAGAUCCACCCCCAUCCCAGCACUGUAUACCACUCCAAAACCAUGGCCUCCCUCCUGCUCCCAGUAAUGCCCAGUCACAGCAUUGUUCACCAAUUCAGAGUCAUCCCCCUCCUUUAACAGUGUCGCCUAGCCAGUCACAGUCGGCACAGCAGUCUGUAGUGGUGUCUCCUCCACCACCUCAUUCACCAAGUCAGUCUCCUACUAUAAUUAUUCAUCCACAAGCACUUAUUCAACCACACCCUCUUGUGUCAUCAGCUCUCCAGCCAGGGCCAAACUUGCAGCAGUCCACUGCUAAUCAGGUGCAACCCACAGCACAGCUGAAUCUUCCAUCCCAUCUUUCACUUCCAGCUUCCCCUGUUGUACACAUUGGCCCAGUUCAGCAGUCUGCCUUAGUGUCCCCAGGUCAGCAGAUUGUGUCUCCAGCAUCACACCAGCAAUAUUCAACCCUGCAGUCCUCUCCAAUCCCAAUUGCAACCCCUCCACAGAUGUCAACAUCUCCUCCAGCUCAGAUUCCACCACUGCCCUUGCAGUCUAUGCAGUCUUUACAAGUGCAGCCUGAAAUUCUGUCCCAGGGCCAGGUUUUGGUGCAGAAUGCUUUGGUGUCAGAAGAGGAGCUUCCAGCUGCAGAAGCUUUGGUCCAGUUGCCAUUUCAGACUCUUCCUCCUCCACAGACUGUUGCGGUAAACCUACAAGUACAACCGCCAGCACCUGUUGAUCCACCAGUGGGAAUGCAUUUGAACCAGUGUCAUCUGCACAAAGUUUUUUCUCUUAAGGUCUAUCAAGUAGAAGAUGUGUGUGAGGAAGAAAUGCCAGAAGAGUCAGACGAAUGUGUCCGGAUGGACAGAACCCCACCACCACCCACAUUGUCUCCAGCAGCUAUAACUGUGGGGAGAGGAGAAGAGUUGACUUCCGAACAUCCUUUGUUAGAGCAAGUGGAAUUACCUGCUGUGGCAUCAGUCAGUGCUUCAGUAAUUAAAUCUCCUUCAGAUCCUUCACAUGUUUCUGUUCCUGCUCCUCCACUCUUACUUCCAGCUGCUACUUCAAGAAGUAAUAGUACAUCUAUGCCCAGUAGUAUUCCCAAUAUAGAAAACAGACCUCCACAGGCCAUUGUUAAACCACAGAUCUUGACCCAUGUUAUUGAAGGUUUUGUGAUUCAGGAAGGAUUGGAGCCAUUUCCUGUGAGUCGUUCAUCUUUGCUAAUAGAACAGCCUGUGAAAAAAAGGCCUCUUUUGGAUAAUCAGGUGAUAAAUUCUGUGUGUGUUCAGCCAGAGCUACAGAAUAAUACAAAGCAUGCAGAUAAUUCAUCUGACACAGAGAUGGAAGACAUGAUUGCUGAAGAGACGUUAGAAGAAAUGGACAGUGAGUUGCUUAAGUGUGAAUUCUGCGGGAAGAUGGGAUAUGCUAAUGAAUUUCUUCGGUCAAAACGAUUCUGCACUAUGUCAUGUGCCAAAAGGUACAAUGUUAGCUGUUCUAAAAAAUUUGCACUUAGUCGUUGGAAUCGUAAGCCUGAUAAUCAAAGUCUUGGGCAUCGUGGCCGCCGUCCAAGUGGCCCUGAUGGGGCAGCAAGAGAACAUAUCCUUAGGCAGCUUCCAAUUACUUAUCCAUCUGCAGAAGAAGACUUGGCUUCUCAUGAAGAUUCUGUGCCGUCUGCUAUGACAACACGUCUGCGCAGGCAGAGUGAGCGGGAAAGAGAGCGUGAGCUCCGGGAUGUGAGAAUUAGGAAAAUGCCCGAGAACAGUGACUUGCUACCAGUUGCACAAACAGAGCCCUCUAUCUGGACAGUUGAUGACGUCUGGGCCUUCAUCCAUUCUUUGCCUGGCUGCCAGGAUAUCGCAGAUGAGUUCAGAGCACAAGAGAUUGAUGGACAAGCCCUUCUCUUGCUAAAAGAAGACCAUCUUAUGAGUACAAUGAAUAUCAAGCUAGGCCCGGCCCUAAAGAUCUGUGCACGCAUCAACUCUUUGAAGGAAUCUUAACAGGAUCAUGAGGCUUUGAGAUAACAGCAGUGUAACUCUUCUUAAACAAACUUGUAAGGUAAAGGCUCAGGUUGGCCUACAAUAUUAUCACUUAUUGUGGUGGAUAGCCAAGCACAUUGGGAUCUCUGCAUCAAAAGUUGACAUUUCUUCUACAGAUAUUAUAAUUCAUCAUACAUUUUCAUAAUUAGCCAACAUUGGUGAAAUUAAUUUUACAGGUUACAUGUAACAUUGAAAGACUUGUUAUAGAGGGCCAUGAUAUUUUUCAAAAAAACGUGUUAUACUAGAUAAUUUUUAAAUGUAAUGUUUAUCAUUAAUAUAAAGAAUCCUUUUAAAAGUAAUUUAACGAUUUACAUUUCUCCUCUUUUGAUUAUUUUCUUCUACAGUUUUCUACCCUAUAAGUUUUCUAUAGGUUGUCAUGAGAGAUAAUUUAGGAAUAAUUUAGGAGUCCAGUGACUGGAAUUGUUUGCAAUGAGUUAUCAGUAUGCAUUUAAAAAACAUGUCUGUUAGAAAGUUGCUUUGUCUAUAAAAAGGAUUGCAUUCUAGCAUGAAUAAUACUGAUCUGGAAUGAAGAAGAGUUCGUUUCUACUCCAAACUUGACCAGGAAUUUGAUGUGGCUGAGAAAGUUUCACUCUUAGUUUUUGUAUAUUCAGAGCAGUGGUUCUCAUAGAUCAGUUUUGCUACCCAAAUACCAGGGGGCAUUUGGCAAUACCUAGGAAUGUUUUGAUUGUCAUAGCUUGGCGGGGAGAGAGGGAGGGUUGCUACUGGUAUCUAACAUAGGAGACAGGGAUAUUGCUAAAUAUCCUACAAUGCACAGGACAGCCCUCCACAACAGAGAAUUAUCCAGUCCAAAAUGUUAGUAGUGGCAAGGUUGAGAAACACUGAUGUAGGAGUGAUAAAUGUUUCUCUUUUUCAUCCAAAGGAAUAUUUUUAAAAGAUGAAACAUGAUAAGGAACACAUUAUACAAUGGAAGUAUUCCAGAUAGGUAGCAUUCAGUGUUCUGCUAAAGUAUUUUUCCCAGUUUAUGCAUACUAGAAGAAGGGGAUAAAAAUUCAUUAAAUUGGCCUGUAAAAUAAGGACUGGCAUACAAAUAAUUUGACUCUGAGGUACUGAUUCAUAUUGUCUUUCAUAUCUCUGUUCUCAUCUGUACUGAUGAAGGCAUAAAAUACCUUAUGAACCAUUGUACAGCCUUUUGGCAAGGCAAUAGUUUGUAGCAGGUAUGUGUUUGGUCUUCACAUAUUUUCUGAUGUUGAACAUGCUGGGUCUAGCUAGAAUACAUACUCCUUUUUUCUUUACUACACCCUUGCAUGCUUCCUACAAAGCACUUACCAAGUGAUAUCUCUUGAAUAAUCAGAUCUAAUUUUGUAUGUACAUGUUUUAGGGGGAAAAAAUUUAAAACAGAACCUGUCACUGAAGUUAGUGUUCUAUUAGAUUUAUGACACUAAAACAAAAUUGCUGUGGGAGCCCUGAGGGCUUUAUAGUCCUGGACAUCAAAAAUGUGUUUCAAUCUUUUUUUCUCUUAUCUUUACUAUACAAUGGAAAUGUUUUAGUAACUGGAAGAACACACAGAUAUUUAGCAGAAAUUCAGUGAGUGAGGAAGAGUCCAAGGGUUUCAGUCAUUGUCACUGCUCUUUUCAAAGAUUGUGUUGAGCUAGUAGAAGACUAAAGAUGUCAUUAAAGACAUCACAGAUAUUUAUCUUUUGGCUUUGUGUACAUUAGAGAAUGUUGAUUAUUUUUAUACAAAAAUACGGCGGGUAAUUUUUUUAAUCUUUAGAUGCCUCUUGUUUGAAUGUAUGCUUUGUGGGAUUCUUUUGUGUAGUCAUGUUUUAAAAAAAAAUGUUUACUGAUAGUUACGUGUAGGAUUAGAAUGUGUAAUAUAGUGUAAGGCUCACGUUCCAGACCUACAAUAGCUUAUAGUCUAUGUUACAUAUUUCUUUAUAUCACAUUUUAAAUUAUUGGAUUAAAGUUUCAAGGAAAGGUAGGUACUCUGUAGUCAGUUUUCAUUGUGACAGUUGUCACACGAUUGACUUUUCCCCUGAUCUUGCAAUUUGAGAACACUAGUAUAGGCUAAGCAUUAAUAGGAGAUGGCCCACUGUAUGAGGGGCGGGCACAAAAGGAAACCUACCCUGGAGUUAAAACUUUAUUGUAGAUAAUAAACGAGUAAUAUAAAACUGAUCAUUUGGAAAUAGAUUUCCCCUUGCAAUAAUGAUUACCUCCCAUAACUAUAUUAUCUAUAACCUUUAAGGUAUUAACUUUGAACUGUGUUAUAGGUUCUCCCUUUAUUUACUCCCUUUUCUAAUAGCAGUGAUUAUAUACUUACUAAAAGCCCCUGUGCCUAGCACUGUGUUAAGUAUCCAAGAAAGCUUACAAGAGGGGUUUCCAUUUGAGAGCACCUUAUAAUCUUAAAUCUUAUAAUAAUCUUAAGACUAGUUCAGAUCUUCUCUUGUCUCCACUCAAAACAUACCGGAAAAUAUACUUGCUUUUUUCAAGUGAGUUGUUUUAUUUAGAAAUGGCUGAUUUGCUUUUAACUGGUAGUUCUCACCAUUGAUUCACCUCUCUUUCUGUAGACAAUUAACCCAUCUUAAUUUCAAAGCUUCUGUUAUAUAUAAAGGAUAUAGACGAUAACAUUGGGCGUCCACCUCUCUCCUGAGCUUUAAACAGUUUUAGUGUGAUAUAGGUGGGGAGAAAGCUAUUAUUUUCAUUUUCCUUCAUUUCACUAUUUGUUUUAGGGUUUUGAUUCAGAGGGAAUGACAAGCAGAAAGGGGAUAUGGGAAGUUCUUCUUGCUUUUGCUACCUAAGUUUGCAUUUUCUGACUUCUUUAAACUGAUAUGCACUCUUUUCUUAUUGAGAGAAAAAAACCCUACAAGUUUGAAAUUUUAUUUCCUUUAAGUCAUGUGUUCCUAAGAAAGUAAACCAACAGCUGGUUUGUAAAAAUUACUUUUUACGUGACAUGGAUUUUCAUCAAGCCUUGUGUAAGGAUGUAUGUGUCUGACACAGCUGUGCAGCUUGUAUAAAUUAGUAUAGUAUGAGACAGACUUCUCUCCCCAAACCUGUCACUUUUUAAGUGGCAUUUAACAAUUUCCAUGAUGGUACUUUUAAUUUGCUGUGGCAUCCUCUAACCAGACAUUUUUUUAGUCCCAGUUUAAGGGCUGUCACCUAGAAGUAGAGAAGGUGGAAUGAGAGGGAGGAAAUGUUAGUGAAGAGACUUGAACGGAGAGAGGUGGGCAAGAGACUUGCCACUUGUUUACCCCGCUUCAACACUGAACAAAUUUCUGCACUUUCGAAGUUACUGUUCAUGUUUUACCUAGUUUUAAAUAGAAAUGAUUUUUCUUAAGUAGCCCACUUCCUAUUUUUGUUUCCUGGUGUGUUGAAACACUUAGAACCGUAUGGAAUAAGUAUUGUGCUCAUUCCUUUGAGUAAUCUUCAUAUAUCCAGUGUGAAAUUAUAGUCAGACACUUAUUCAAAUACCAGUAUUAGACUGAAAUCUGUUACAGCGCCCCAUAUCACUGACUUGUUCAAUUAAAUGUUAUAAAGUCCUAUUAUUUGUAUUUGCAGGGUUUUGGUACCACCAUGGCAUAAGUAUGGUAGGGAGGCAAUACAUACAUUACUUAGUCUUAGAUUGUAUUUACAUGUGUAUAAACAAUUUUGGAGAGAAUAAACUAUUAGAGAUGUAUGUGAAUGAUGCUGUCCUCACAACCAUAUCGAGCAGAUGAAAUCCUGACUAGAUGCUUCAGACAUUUUAAAGAUCUAUUUUCAGCCAGCCUGGUUCUAACAGCCUGGUUAUAUUUUGUGGUUUGAAGACCCCUUAUCCUUGGUGAUUAGCAGGAGCACACCCUGUAUAUAUGCGGCUGGCACUGAGAAUUACCUAAUAGCAUGGAAGGGCCUUAACUAAAUCCUUACCUCCCCUAAAGCCUCUGGUCCCAAGAAAACUCCAGGUGAAGACUUUCUUCUUCAAGAGAACUUUGCCUGAAAAUGCACAGAAGAUUUUGUAAUAGGGUUAAUUUUAGGGAGGUAACUGGGGCAGGGCUUUCUAAUACCUAACAGUCAUGUUUUAAUGAAACCUUUGGGCAGUGGAAACUGGCCCAUCUAUGCACAGUGUUUGCUCAGUCUUUCCUGUGCACCAUAUAUGUAGCUAGCUAGGCCUUGAGGAAGGUUUUCCAGCGGGUAGGAUAGAGAAGCAGAGGAGACAAACAGGAGGAAAAGCAUUCCGAACCCAAGAGGACAGUACAGUUAACUGAGUGAGGUUGUGUGUUAUGGAUAUGGCCUUCAGUAGUUCAAAAUAAUAAGUUGUAAUGGUUGGAUCACAGUUAUAGCAAUAACAAGUUAUAGUUUUUAUUAUGUCAGGAUUUACCUGUAAUCAAACUCAUUCUUUUACUCUCUUUAUCAACUAAUAGAUGAGUUAGUGAUUUUUGACUUCUGAAAAAGUGACAUUAUAAUUGGGGAAUAUCUGUCAGAAACUCAGUGGUUAAUCAUUAUGACUGAGUUAUCAGAAUUAUAGAGAGUCUCUACUUUCAGAUACCACAGUUGAAUCAACCUUGGAGAUUUUUAUAAAGAAAAGCAUUUUUAAGAGCAUAUUUUAUUUGCUAGGUCGUAUGUCAGUCUAAGAAUUGGAUGACUAAGAGCUAUAGGUUUAUCUUUAUUAACGUGAUUUCAGUAAACACAAGUGUACCUCUGUUUCUUUGCUAUAUAUACAGUAGUGUGGAUCAUGACGUAAACUGUUUAAUCCACAUUCAUCAACAUAUCUAGAAUGUUUGAUUUCAUCUGAAAGAUUGUGAUUCAAUUUAGAUAAGCACAAAUACAGUAUUAGGAAAAGUAAAUAUGCAGUCUUACUAAAAUUUAAUUACAACCUAUUAAAAGCUGUACAUCUUUAAAAGGAUUCUUUGGGAAGAUAUUUUUCUUUUGCUAGAAGUCAGAAAAUGUAUCACUAUAAUUUCCUUCAGAGCAGCAACACAAACCAUUUGACUAAAACAUGUUAAAAAUUAUAUUACCUUCUUUGGAAAGUUUCCUAAAUUUUAAAGAAUUCUAAAGUUUUACAUAUUAUUUUCAGAGCUUAAUCUAUUUUAAAAUAAUACUAUGAGAAAGCUUUUUUUGAAAGUUGUAAAAUACUAAUACAAAUAUAUUUAUCAUCAUCAUAUUCCAGAGAAAAACAUUUGGCUUUUCCUAACUUUCACCUUAGUACACACAUAAUUAAAAGGGUGUGACCCCUCCUUUUCAGGUCUGACGCCCAGCUUCCCAAAUGAAAGUUCUCCCUUUCUGCUCUAACACAUGAACACACGCCUUUUAAGCACCAUGUUUACGGAAGCUUUUGGGAAAUGUUUUCCAUGAAUGUUUCAUUUUCCCUUUUUCUUUUUUUAAAGUUUAUGAACAUUUUAUUUAAAGAUGACAAUUUUACUCUGUUAAAGAGGUACACUAGAAAACUAUUUUUUUCUACCAUCUUUGAAAAGUAUAGUUAUGCUCAGUGAUACUGCUGGCAUAAAUAUGAAUCUAUAGAAAGAAAACUUGUGCAGAGGUUUUAAAAUAUAUUGUUUAAAAGAGGUAUAGUAAUGAAUGAGUUUUAAUUUGUAAAAAAGAAACCGAUAUAAAUUUAAACCAGUUAUGCUAAGAUGGCAUAGUUUCAAAUUUAAGAGUACUACAGUAAGUCCUUUAGACCUCCUAUUUAAAUUGACUCCAGUAAUCUGCUUAAGGAUUAAUAGUAGCCAUCAAUAUUGGCUUAAAAGUUAUAGUUUAGGGAACAUUAUCAGUAUUAAAUCUGUGCUUUUUUGGAGCUUAAUUUGAAGGAGAUGGAGAAGUUGGUGUUUCUGAGGGUUGUGGUGAAAUAUACAUCAACCUAUUUUAGAAAGAACUUUUCAUUGUCAGCCUUGCUUCAAGCAAACCAGAAGCAUCCAGUGUUUAAAACCUUUUGUUUAGAAUGCUUUGUUAAGUCAUAAUUCUUUUUGUUUUAGGUAGUACUAAAUAGUCUACUCCAAUAGUAAAUAACAGAUGAAUAUAAUCAUUAAAUUAAUAUGACAAAUAAUUGGGGUUUCAUAUCCAGUUGGUGAAUGAGCUGUGUGUGAUACUCUACGCAGUUAAUUCUUAACCUGUUUCCUCUUCUGAAUUUACAGUAUGGAGCCUAUACUAUUCAAAAUGUUGAUUUUGGUUUAAAUCAUCUCGGAGGUACCUCCCAGAUCUAAAAGUAUGAUCCUAGGCCACAUAAUGGGGUGUUUUUAAGUUGUUUAUACUUAUCAUUCCUUUUUUUUUUAAUAGUUCAUUUCAUAUUUCAGAGCUUUUGCUAAAAGAUACUAAUUUUUAAGCAUCAUUUCCUAGGUCAUCAACAGUCUUUGUUCACCUAAGGAAUAAGGUAGAAAAUUCAUAUGGACAAGCAAAUGAGGACAUUUUAUUAAAUGCUUCUUGCUAGUUAACCACUGGAUAUAUGAACAUAUAUGAGCACUAUUAUUUAUGCAUUUAUCCAUUCAUUUAGCAAACCAUUUGACCACUUACUAUGUGCCGUGUGGUGUACGUGACUUAAGGAACUAGUAAUAAGUAAACAAAAUCUUCCCAAACAAAAUUUUGAUUGUAAUUUAAACAAAUAAUGGACAUAAUUAUCAUUACUUAAUGUACUGAAUGUAAAGUUGGAACUGAUAGGGAAUUUUUUUAUGCAUUGGGGGAAGGAUUAGGCUAGAUGACAUCUAGGGAUCUGAGUGAAUCACAUCAAUUCAUAUAACAUUUCAUAUAUAAACAUCAAUCAACCUGAUUAUGUUACAAAAUUAAGGGUACCUAACUGACAUUAAGGAUUUACAUUUUGAGACUGUUGGGACAGCCCAUAUUUCUAAGAAUUAUUUUGACACUUGAACCUAUUCCGGAGGUGUUGCUACAUAAGGUGUGUGACAGAACAAUAUUAAGAAGCUGGUACUGACUUAUUAUAUGUUUUUAACUACAAAAGCUUUAUACCCAGUGUUGACAGUGAAGUAAUUUUCUAAAACUGAAAAAUCUCAAAGGAGAUUGCUGAACAGGUUAUUUCUUAUUUUGUUUUGUUUUUUGUUUUUAAAGCAAGAAAGAUUAUAUAAAAUAUAGUUAUUACAAAUAUCUACUUUUUAGAAAGCACACAUGUUACAUGGUAAAAGGAGGGUUUUCUUUAAAAUGCAGGAGUGGUAAACAAAAUAGUUCCAUGUUUAAAUUGAUAAGUACUUGGGAAAUAAACAUUGAAUGAGGUCGAUUAUUAACUAGGCAGAGAUUCCUUACCACUUGAGGGUUCUGUGAAUUACAUUGUAAUUCCUAUUGACACAGCUUUAUAUAUUAACAUCGCUUAUACUAACAUUCUCUAUAAAGAUAAAAAUUGGAAAUAACUAAUAUUAAAAAGACCUUGUAUGCAUCAGUUUUUUAAACCAGGAAAAUGUCUACCUACAUGUAAGAUUAGAAUCUAGAACAAACUGAAAAUAGGAACACUAACAUCCAAGUAACCAAGCUAGUUUGGGUUUAAAAGUUUUUCUAUGGCACUGGUUAAAAUUUACUUUCAAAAUGUUUUAAUUUACUCAAUUUUUCAUGUAUUUUAUGUUGUUAAAAUAUAUAUUGCAUAUACUUUUUGUAUAUGUAUUCUUAAAAUUUAGAAAGUCAAUGGAGUGUGCCAAGAUGGUAUAAUUUUAGAUGUCUAAUUUAAAAGAUGUUUAACCAGCUUCCCAGUCAUCUCAUUUCAAAAGCUUGAUAGGUUCUAAAAACUAUCCUCAGAGUAAGGAGUGAGCUUGUGAAGGUCUGCGUUGUAGAUGGCAAUGUGCAGGAUGGGUACAAGACACUGGUGGCAGACGUUUCAGGUUUCUUUUUUGAAUUAGUGCUUUUUGUCUUUUUGCUUGUUAAAAUUUUGUUGUUGAUUUAACAAAGGCAAACUGUUGUGAUAAAUUUUUUUUUUUAUGUUAAGUAUUGAUGCUUUAAGCACAUGUUAACUGAUUUUUUUUAAAAUUCCUCCUUUUGGUUCCUCCCAUUGUUUUAAAAAAGACUUUCAGUUUAUCCAUCCUGAAUGAACAAAGCAUCACCAAGGAGAAAAGAAAACAUUUUUUUUUCUUUACAGAAAACAAAUGUUAAGAUUAUAUAUAGUUGUAUUCUUUACAUUGGAUAUUGUAUUAGAGUCCUCCUUACAGGAAAUUAGUUUUAGCUCUUUUAGCAUUAGCAUUCCUAUAUUGGUGUCUAUAGCUACAGUUUUAAAAUGUAUAAUCUAAAAAUGAAGUUAAUUUUGCAUUAUAAGAGCACACCAUGAUCUAUGUAAAAAGAUUGUCCAUUUGGUGUAUUUUUUUAAAAAAGAAAAGGCACUUUCAUAUUAACAAGUAGCAUGUGUAUGAAUUUUAGAUUUUCCUAUUUGUUGUGUCUGUAUUCAGUGAAGUAAAAUUAAGCAUUCAAAUGUUUGUUGAUGGCAACAUUAACUGUUAAAUUAAAGCACCUUAUAUUCUGCUGCUUAAACUUGCUUGUAAUUGCACCUUUGUUACCUGCACAUUUUCACAUAGAAUAUUGUUAUAACGUUGCUUCAUGUGGGUCUGGAUGGAAGGUUAGUGGGCCUACAGGAUCAUUUAUUUAUACUGUUUAUAAUUCAAUAAUAUAUUGUAGACCAGCUGUUAAGUUCAUUUCUUUACAAAUAAAAGCCUCUUCCAUUUGGCUGGUCUAUUGAAUAAUUUCUUUUUUUCUUUAAGCUUAUGAGGCACGGGGAAUACAUUUCUAAGUAAACAAACAAAAAGCUUAAUGAGGGGUUUGAAAAAGUUAUAACUUUUCCUGAUUUAAAAUCUGCAGAGUAUAAAUCUUUACUAAUUAAGUGCAAUAUAUUUUUAGAUAAUGAUCCCAUGUUAUUCAAUUAGAAAGCAAUACAUUUAGAGGAAAAGUAACAGAGUAGAGAGAACAAGGUUUAGAUACUGCAAAAUUAGACAGUGUCUAUGUAGUUUAAUGCAUAAAGUGACUGUUAUUUUGCCAUUUGGACUGCUUUAUUCCAGUAGUUCUCAGCCGGGGGCAAUUUCACCUACCAGGGGAGAUUUGGCAAUGUCUGAAGACAUUUUGGUUGUCAUGACAGGAGAAGGAAAUGCCACCAGCAUUCUGCUAAAUAUCCCACGGACAGCCUCCCAAAAUAGUUAUCCAACCCAAAAUGUCAGUAGUUCUGAGGAUAAGAAACCCUACUUUACUUUUACAGUGUGAUACAUUGUCAAUGUAAUUAUAAUUUGACAUGCAAGUGACAUAUAACUUAACUGAAAAUGAAUCUGGUAUGUCAUAGAAAGAGACCUAGUCACCACUCUCAAUUCUGUGAAGUAAGCAACUGAAAUUUUGCAGAAAUAUUUGCAUUAAAAACAUUUUUUUGUAAAUUAGCUAGGUUUAAAUUGAGCUAACUUUCUUCUUAUAUUAAAGAAUAUUCAUACCAUA